UAACAGCAUAAAAGUCGCUGCUGGUGUUGGAGUUGGUUUCCAGCGCGACAGUCAGAUUUAACCUUCGUAAGCGACCCCAAAAGUACCUAAAAACGCGAACAAGCUGAAGCAAAAGUUCUUAAGAGAAUGUAAAACAACUACUUCAGCAGCAGAAUGGACAUUUCUGAGGACCCAAAUGACGAUAAGCAGGCAGCAGAUCAGAGUUUAUUCUCCACCGCCGUGUCUGAGGAGCAGCUGGACGAAGCCAGAAGAAAAACCUCCAUCAAGCAGCUUUUCGGCUCCAGUAAAAUAUUUCUGACGCCUGCAGAGAAACGGCAGCAAAAACCAGAACUUCAGGGGAACGUCAUCAUCCAGAACAGAGCAGCAGAACAUUCCAGAAAUGGAACCAAGGCGAUGGGAAGGUUUCAGUAUGAGAAGGCUGUGAUCUGUUUCACUAAAGGAAUCAACCUGCUGCCAGAACAGACUCAGCUGUACGUUAGUCGGGCCGAGGCCUUCCUGCAGCUCUGCGACUUCCAGUCAGCAGCAGCUUCUUAUAAACAGGCCGGGAUCCUGCUGCCCGGAGCUUUCAGCCGUCGCCUGGCCUUCAUCUACUACCUGCAGGGUCAGUCUCUGUUGGAUCAAAGUCUUUUCCUUGAAGCUCUGGAGGCUUUUAGCAAAGCUGCUGAGCUGAAACCCGACUGCAGAGUUUAUAAAGUCAGAAGUGUGGUCUGUCUGAGCGCUGCAGGACGAUACUCCGACUCUCUGAAGCUGCUGAACCACUGGAUGACGUCAGGAAAUCCCACCGCUGAUCUCUACGUCCUCAGAGCUCGACUGCACCGACGGCUUCAGCAGACGUUGCGCUGCUAUCAGGACGUGAAGGCGGCGUUGGCGUUGAACCCUUCAUGUCCAGCAGCUGGACUUCUGCUGCAGCAGCUGCAUGAAGCCAGCGAAGCGUCCAGACUGAAGGCCGUGGACAAAACUCUGACCGGCCAGCUGCCCCAAGCUCUGUGCAUGAUCAACGUGGCUCUGGAGAACAACCCUCAGGACCCACGACUCCACCUGUUCAGAGGGAUUCUGUACCGACGUCUGCAGGAUUUCACAGCAGCCAUCGAGGAGCUGGUCCAGGCUGCAGAGCUGAGAGAGGAGGAGGAGGAGGAGGAGGAUGAAGAGGAGGUCGCAGGUCAGUCGAAGGCCACAGACAGGAAGUCAGAGAGCGUUUCUGUUCUCCAGGAGGCGGAGCUUCAGCUGGUCCUCACCUACAACGACUUCGCCGUCCAGUGUUUCAGCCGACGACUUUAUUCUGAAGCCGCUCUGCUGCUGAACAAAGCCAUCGAGGAGGAGAAGAACCAGGCUGGACUCUACCUGAACAGAGGAGACUGCUUCUUCCAGCUGUGCGACUGGUGUUUUGCUCUGGCCGACUACCGGCAGGCCGAGGAGAUGCUGUCGCCUGAAGACCCGGCGGUCCGACUCCGACUGGCCGUCGUCCACAACACGCUGGGCUGCUUCCGCUUCCAGGACGGACGUUUCCAGGAGGCAGUCGACAUGUUUUCCGUCGCCAUCCACUACAACCCGGCAGUCGGUCGCUACUACGAGAGCAGAUCCAAGGCCUUCAGGAAGCUGCUGGACUGGAAUUCAGCCAGAGACGAUUUUAUCUGCAUGCUGGUCCUGGAUCCAAACAACCAGGAGGUUCCUCCAAUGUUGAUGAAUCUGUUUCCAGGCUACAGUGUCUCUGAUGUUCUGUCCAGUCCUAAAGGAGAAGCAAUCAGAGUUCAGCUGAUGGACACAAUCCAGACCUGGAGUUCAUCCUCAGACCCACACAGACUGAGUGAGAAGCUGCAGCAGAUCAAUCUGACCAACGAGAACCAAUCAGAAGAUCCGACUAGAGCAGGAGAGGAGCUGAAGUUGUGUUUGAACCCUGAAGAUCUGCAGAUAACUGUGAAGAACCUCCUGCAGGUUGAGUCAGCGGUUCGAUCUUUAGUCCACAACCAUCCAGCAUCGCACCAAACUGGACCAGGACUCACCAGAAACCUCCCAGAAUCCACUGGUCCAACUUCAAACCCCACAGGAGGAAACUCUGCAGCAGAUCUGAGCUGAUUUUAACUUUUAUUCAACAUAAAAUACUACUUUUACUCCAAAUACUGACAGUUUGUAAGGUUUUUUACACGUAAAAUACUAGUUUUAGUCAAAAUAUGUUAAUUUUAAAGAUUUAUUCCACCUAAAAUGCUACUUUUAGUCAAAAUACUUAUAGUUUUGAAGGUUUAUUCCACCUAAAAUGCUAUUUUCUGUUCAAGUAGUUGUAGUUUUGAGGGUUUAGGCCACCUAAAAUACUACGUUCUGUUUUAUUACAUACAAUGUUUCAGUUUUAUUCCUCCGAAAACACUACUUUUAGUCAAAAUGCUUAGAAUUUGUGAGGUUUAUUCCACUUAAAAUACUAAUUUUAGUCAAAAUAUUGAUAGUUUUUAAGGUUUAUUCCAUAUGAAAAACUACUUUCUGUUCAAUUACAUACAGUUUUUACAUUUUAUUCCACCUAAAAUGCUACUUUUAGUACAAAUACUUAUAAUUUGUAAGGGUUAUUACAAGUAAAAUAUGGAUUUUAGUCAAAAUAUUUUAGUUUUAAAGAUUUAUUCCACCUAAAAUGCUACUUUUGGUCCAAACAUUUAUAAUUUUAAAGGUUUAUUCUCUCAAAUACUAUUUUCUGAGGGUUUAUGCCACCCAAAAUACUACUUUUUGUUCAAUUAUAUACAAUUUUUGAUUUUUAUUCCACCUAAACUACUACUUUUAGUCAAAAUAUGUUAGUUUUCAAGUUUUAUUCCACCUAAAAGACUAAUUUUAGUCAAAAUAUGCAAAGUUUUAAACAGUUAUUCCACUUAAAAUACUAAUUUUUGUCAAAAAUACUGACAGUUUUGAAGGUUUACUCUAUAUUAAAUACUACUUUCUGUUCUAAUAUAUAAAGGUUUUAAAUUUUAUUCCACCUAAAAGACUAAUUUUAGUUGAAAUAUGCAAAGUUUUAAAGAUUUAUUCCACCUAAAAUGCUACUUUUACUCAAAAUACUUAUAGUUGGCAACGUUUAUUCCAUAUAAACUGAGUCUGUCCAACCUUUUUCUUUCUAUCACAGCUGAUUAUCGACAACAUAUCCCAAAAAUAAACACUUAGCAUAUUGUUAUUUGCAGAACAUUCUAAAAAUAAUCACCUUAUUAGCAAACUGUGAGAGUAUAAUUAGCAGUCAGAACUAAAAAGUGGCUCCAACGCUUAAAACUGUGACAGAAAAUGGAAUCAUUCAGGAUAAAAAAUAAACAUUUUAUUGUGACACAUGUUUAUAAAAUCACUAUAAGACAAGCAGCUCAUGUUCCACGUGUAAAAUCUUAGAUUCCAUCAAACUGUAGCGUCUAAAUCAACACUUUUCUGUCUUAUUGUCCUUUAAUGAAGACGUUUUUAGCUGCAGUCGUCCAACAGGUGGCAGCAGAGUCUCAGUUUCAUCCUGAUGCUUGAGUUUUAGUUUCAGUUUCAAUCAGCAGAUCUUCGUUUAUCACACGGGAGAUUUAAUUUAUCUGUUCUAAAAAAUACACUAAAUAAAUGUAAAUUAAAGUCUUUACUCGAUAGUAUCUGUAACUUCAUAAAACAGGGAAAAUCUGCAAAAUAACAGUAGAUCAGUAGAUUUAAUAAAAACAAUAAUAAUGAUAAUGAUAAAUGAAUAGGCAGUUAAUUUAUUUACCAUCAUUUAACCAUUAAUAUUCAUAUUCUUUCUUUCAAAAAUAGCCAUUUGUAAAAUAAUGAUAUUUUUUGCAGAUUUAAAUAAGAAAACAGUCAGUUUGACAAUUUUUUUUAAGCAUUAACAUGUAAAUUAAUGUCUUUAUCGCUGUAACUUAACAGGGAAAAUCUGAAACAUAAUCGUAGAUUGUUUUUAAAUAUUACAGUUAAAAACAUUUUCCACAGCGUAGCUGUAAACGUGUAACAAGACAAAAUGUCUUCAUAAUUCCACCUACAUAAAAAAAUAUAAAACCGCAUUUAUUUUUUUUAUUUUUAUAGAUGUUUUUUCUCUCAUUUGUACAUUUCUGUAAAAAAAAACUAAAUACUGUCACUCUGGUAUAUUCUGUUGAUUUUUUUUCUAUAUUUUUUUUAUAUCUUAUUUCACUUUAUUUUAUUUCUAUUUUAUAUUAUUUUAUUUUACUUCAUUUUUUUCUUAUUUCACUUUUUCUUAUUUUAUCUUAUUUGCUCUUAUUUCAAUUUCUUAUUUUAUUUCACUUUAUUUUAUUUUAUCUUAUUUCACUUUAUUAUUAUUUUAUUUUAUUUCACUUUAUUUUAUAUUAUUGUUGCUUUAUUUCACUUUAUUUUAUUUUAUAUUAUUUCAUUUUAUUUUAUUUGCUCUUAUUUCACUUUAUUUUAUUUUCUUACUUUAUUUUAUUUUAUCUUAUUUCACUUUAUUAAUAUCUUAUUUUAGUAAUAUUUUAUUAUAUUUCACUUUAUUUUAUUUUAUA